AACUAGCCAUCUUUCUUUCUUUUUUCUCUUCAACUCAUAUCAUCAUAUAUCUUUCAAUCUUCUCUUCUCCAGCUAUACAUAUCAGACAUCAUGGUGGACUAUGACGGACAUAUUCGAAGGGGUCACCCUAUCAUGAUGGGUUUACUAUGCUUCUUUGCUAUCAUAGAAGCUUGUAUAACCAGUUGGCUGGUUUCGAGGUAUAACGACCACAAUAGCUAUCCGUCAAACUCUUACCGCGACCGACUCAAGUUUCUUUGUUUCGUCUCUUGGUGGACUGUCGUAUUCACUGGCGCUUACCUCGCUGUGUUCAUCAUCAACGCUGCGAGCUUUUUAGCUAGUAUCGCCUCACACUUUAUUUUCUUCUUCAUCACAUGGGUCUUCUGGCUGGCAGGUGUCGCAUCAUUCACCUCGGCUCUGGGCGGUGGUAGACGCUGUUCCGCCCACCCCAUCACCUACUGCCACCAGCUCCUCGCUGCCGAAGCUUUCGGUUGGAUCGAAUGGAUCAUCCUCACCAUCGCUUUCAUCUUCCUCAUCCUCAUCGGCUUCAGCUCCAUGCGACGAGGAGACCGAGUGAGCGGGGGUUUGAUAGCCUGAGCUCGGUCAUCUGUGUCGGACCUGUGAAGUUGAGUUUUAAACUCGUAAUCAAUGGACAUGCGAAGGAAACCUCUUGUGGAAUGUGGUAUUUCGUGCCAUGAUGGAGUCGAAAAUGUGGUUGGUGGUUGGUAAAACAUUAUAAUCUGGUGGAUGGUUGAAAGAUGCAUAAAGAUCAUUCUAC